AUGACCACCAACAUUGCUGAGUCAAUUAACUCAAUGUUCUUGGUGGAAAGCGAAUUCCCGAUUACUACUCUAUUCAAUUCUAUAAAUAGGAGGUUUUCUCAAAAGUUUCACAAGAGGCGUAUGGUGUUGGCCAACACAUCAACCAUAUGUUUCCCUUCCGCUGAAAGAAAAAUAAGAGAAAAUGUGACGAUAGGCAAUACACUAUUGGCCCAUCAAAUAAGCUUCCACACUUUUAGCAUCAUUGGUCACGGUGCAGUGGCUAUGGUUGGUCUAAACAAUAGAACAUGUUCUUGUAGAGAGUUUGACUUGGACAAAAUACCUUGUCCACAUGUUAUUGCAGCGAUAAGAACCCAGUUCGGGGAUGAUUAUGGAUUAAGAGUUUAUGAUUUUGUUUCUCCAUAUUAUUCAGUAUGGUCAUACAAACAUGCAUAUGAAAGAUCAAUUCAUCCAGUGUUAUCUGAAGAAUUUUGGGAGCUUCCUCCAGAGCUUUUGGAGAGUAAAAUACCUUGUCCAUAUGUGGUGUGCAAGUCAGGAAGAAAGAAGAGAAAGCGGGCACCUUCAUUCUUGGAGCGAGGUUCAAAGAAGAAGAAAAAUAAAUGUUCCAUAUGCAAAAGAGCUGGUCACAAAAGAACUACAUGCAGUCUCAGAGAGAGACAAAAUGAAGAAACAAGCAGUAGUGUAGCUUCUUAA